AGCCGGCCGAGCUCCUGUUUUCGUCCAUCGUCAAUUUCUCUUCUCGAAAGUCGCUCUUUUCUGCUCUGUUCCCCUUGAGCUCGACUUGGACUUGAGUAUCGUCGUUCCUCUUCUCGAUUCUCAUCUCGACACCGCCUCUUGGUCCCCGGAAUCUCGUUUAAUCUCUCCUGUCGCGCGUCAACCACCCGACACCACUCACCCGGCCGAUCACGAUGAAUUCUCAAGGCAACAAUGAUGUCUCCCCCGAGGCUAUGCAAUCGCGAAUUCAGCAGGCUCGUCGCGAAGCCGAAACUCUGAAGGACCGAAUUAAGAGGAAGAAGGAUGACCUUGCCGACACAACUCUUCGCGCUGUCGCGCAACAGGCACAUGAGCCUAUUCCCAAGAACCAGCUCAUGAAGGCCAAGCGAACGCUGAAGGGUCACUUGGCCAAGAUUUACGCUAUGCACUGGUCAACCGACAGGAGGCACCUAGUUUCUGCUUCGCAAGACGGCAAGCUCAUUAUUUGGGAUGCCUACACCACAAACAAAGUGCACGCCAUUCCCCUGCGAUCCUCCUGGGUCAUGACCUGCGCCUACGCCCCUAGUGGUAACUUUGUUGCUUGUGGUGGUCUCGACAACAUCUGCUCCAUCUACAACUUGAACCAGCAGCGCGACGGUCCUACUCGUGUUGCCCGUGAGCUUUCAGGUCAUGCUGGUUACCUUUCCUGCUGUCGAUUCAUCAACGACCGCAGCAUCCUAACAUCGUCUGGUGACAUGACCUGUAUGAAGUGGGACAUCGAGACAGGCCAGAAGGUUACUGAGUUCGCCGACCAUCUCGGCGACGUCAUGAGCAUCAGCCUUAACCCUACCAACCAAAACACCUUUAUCUCCGGUGCUUGCGACGCUUUCGCCAAGCUAUGGGAUAUCCGUGCCGGAAAGGCUGUCCAGACCUUCGCUGGCCACGAAUCCGAUAUCAACGCCAUCCAAUUCUUCCCUGACGGCCACUCAUUCGUUACUGGAUCCGACGAUGCUACUUGCCGACUUUUCGAUAUCCGUGCGGAUCGCGAACUCAACCUUUACGGGUCCGAGUCCAUUCUUUGCGGUAUUACUUCCGUGGCUACCUCGGUAUCGGGACGUCUCCUUUUCGCCGGUUACGAUGACUUUGAGUGCAAGGUCUGGGAUAUUACCCGAGGUGAGAAGGUUGGCUCUCUUGUUGGCCACGAGAACCGUGUCAGCUGCUUGGGCGUGAGCAAUGACGGUACAAGCCUGUGCACAGGAUCAUGGGAUUCUUUGCUCAAAAUCUGGGCUUACUAAUUGUCGUUCACGACCAUGAAACUAUUUGUCUGGAUAUAUGAAUGCCAGUACGUGCUCGCGGCCUCUAUACCAUCUGCGUUUGAACGACUAUAUUGCCCAUCGAAUUCGAAAGCCAAAGAUGCCCAUCUUGAGUUCGACUAUUAGCGAAUGCAGGACGACGUGACGAACCGCACCUUACCUUUACCACAUACCCCUACCAACGACUUUCUUCAGCCGGACGCGAGCACUCCAAUACGGGCUGCUGACUCGUGGUGGAUUUGGGGAAGAAAAUACACUGGCUGAUGCGAUACCUCUUUUUCAUUACUAUUUUCAUUGUUUUUCACAUUUCCUGUUCUUUUUUCGCGCCUGCAAAAUUCUAUGCACCAUAGUUUCCCCUUUUCUGACACAACCCGGGCUGUUAGUAAUGGGCGGUUGUAUUAUUGGAUGGGUUUCCUCUGUUGUUCAGUUGCCCUGUGUAUGCGUAUCGACCCUCAGCGGCACAUGUCUUUCGGUCCCGGGCUGUUUCUAUCGCAGAACGAAUCAUUACGGAACCAAGGUCUGGAAAGCUGUAGGGGGACGAUUUUAUAUGAGGGGAAUCACCGGGAGUUGACGGCUAUACCGAGCAAAAUUUCAGUCCUCGAGAUAAUACAUCAUGAUGUUUC